AUGCCAGGACUACAAGAGAACAAGCGGUGGAAGAGAAAUGCCGGGGACCGUAGCCGAAGGUCCCACACCGGCAACUACCGUAACCUAACAAUAGUUUUAUUUUCGGAUUUAUUAUUCCGAUUCUCAUGCGUUUUCCGUCAAUGUUCAAUGCCAAAACGUUUUUAUUUUCUGACCUGCUUGGGGGAAAUUAACAGAAAACUUGCCGAAACACAGUUAAAAACGAGAAAGUAA